CGUCGCUACAGCGGAGAGAACGAUGACGUGAGGGGAGAGCCGCGAACAUCUAUCUCCUCUGGGCGCAGCUGGGACGGCAGUUCUCACAGCCCCGGAGUCCGAGCUCAGAAGCGCCUCUCCGAGCUCCUCUCCUACCGACCUCGCCCUCCUCCCCGGGCGGGCCGCCUCCCGCGCGGCCUUUACGGCUCCUGGCACGGCCCCGCGCUCGGCUGCCGCCCUGGCGCGCUCCACUCUGUCGUCCCCGGAUGGGCGCGGACCAGCUUGGCCCGGGCGCCGGCGGCUGGGGAGGGGGCGCUGGCCCCGGGGCCGCGCAUGCGCUGCCACCAAUCUGGGGCUCUCAGUGGAGAGCGAGUACUGGCUGGGAGGGGAGACGACCCCCUUCGGGGCCAACGGGCCGCACGCGGAGGCGGCUGUGGGAACGACUCACCCCUUUUCCAGCCCUGGGGCGGGGCUGGGGUCGGGGUCUGGGCCCAUGGGGGCUCCGCCCCCGUCUCCUGGCCUGCCCCCUUCGUGGGCCGCGAUGAUGGCGGCCCUGUACCCGAGCACUGACCUCUCGGGCAUCUCCUCCUCCUCCCUGCCUUCCUCCCCAUCUUCCUCUUCGUCGCCAAACGAAGUGAUGGCGCUGAAGGAUGUGCGGGAGGUGAAGGAGGAGAACACCCUGAAUGAGAAGCUUUUCUUGCUGGCGUGCGACAAGGGUGACUAUUAUAUGGUUAAAAAGAUUUUGGAGGAAAACAGUUCAGGUGACUUGAACAUAAAUUGCGUAGAUGUGCUUGGGAGAAAUGCCAUUACCAUAACUAUUGAAAACGAAAACUUGGAUAUACUUCAGCUUCUUUUGGACUACGGUUGUCAGUCUGCAGAUGCACUUUUGGUGGCAAUCGACUCUGAAGUAGUGGGAGCUGUUGAUAUACUACUUAAUCAUCGGCCAAAACGAUCAUCAAGACCAACCAUAGUAAAACUAAUGGAACGGAUUCAAAAUCCUGAGUAUUCAACAACUAUGGAUGUUGCACCUGUCAUUUUAGCUGCUCAUCGUAACAACUAUGAAAUUCUUACGAUGCUUUUAAAACAGGAUGUGUCUCUACCCAAGCCUCAUGCAGUUGGCUGUGAAUGCACAUUGUGUUCUGCAAAAAACAAAAAGGAUAGCCUCCGACAUUCCAGGUUUCGUCUUGAUAUAUAUCGAUGUUUGGCCAGUCCAGCUCUAAUAAUGUUAACAGAGGAGGAUCCAAUUCUGAGAGCAUUUGAACUUAGUGCUGAUUUAAAAGAACUAAGCCUUGUGGAGGUGGAAUUCAGGAAUGACUAUGAAGAACUAGCUCGUCAGUGCAAAAUGUUUGCUAAAGACUUGCUUGCGCAAGCCCGGAAUUCACGUGAGUUGGAAGUUAUCUUAAAUCAUACAUCAAAUGAUGAACCUCUUGAUAAGCGAGGACUGCUAGAGGAAAGAAUGAAUUUAAGUCGUCUAAAACUUGCUAUCAAAUAUAACCAAAAAGAGUUUGUCUCCCAGUCUAACUGCCAGCAGUUCCUGAACACUGUUUGGUUUGGACAGAUGUCAGGUUACCGACGUAAGCCCACCUGUAAGAAGAUAAUGACUGUUUUGACAGUUGGCAUUUUUUGGCCAGUUUUGUCACUGUGUUAUUUGAUAGCUCCCAAAUCUCAACUUGGCAGAAUCAUUCAUACACCUUUUAUGAAAUUUAUUAUUCAUGGAGCAUCAUAUUUCACAUUUUUACUGUUGUUAAAUCUGUACUCACUGGUCUACAAUGAGGAUAAGAAAAACACAAUGGGACCAGCUCUUGAAAGAAUAGACUAUCUUCUUAUUCUGUGGAUUAUUGGGAUGAUUUGGUCAGAUAUUAAAAGACUCUGGUAUGAAGGUUUGGAAGACUUUUUAGAAGAAUCUCGUAAUCAACUCAGUUUUGUCAUGAAUUCCCUUUAUUUGGCAACCUUUGCUCUCAAAGUGGUUGCUCACAACAAGUUUCAUGAUUUUGCUGAUCGGAAGGACUGGGAUGCAUUCCAUCCUACACUUGUGGCAGAAGGGCUUUUUGCAUUUGCAAAUGUUCUGAGUUAUCUUCGGCUCUUUUUUAUGUAUACGACCAGCUCUAUCUUGGGGCCCUUACAGAUUUCAAUGGGACAGAUGCUACAAGACUUUGGAAAAUUUCUUGGAAUGUUUCUUCUUGUUUUGUUUUCUUUUACAAUUGGACUGACACAACUCUAUGAUAAAGGCUAUACACCAAAAGAACAGAAAGACUGUGUAGGCAUCUUCUGCGAACAGCAAAGCAAUGACACCUUCCAUUCGUUCAUUGGUACUUGCUUUGCUCUGUUCUGGUAUAUUUUCUCCUUGGCACAUGUGGCAAUCUUUGUCACAAGAUUUAGCUAUGGAGAAGAAUUGCAGUCGUUUGUUGGAGCUGUCAUUGUUGGUACAUACAAUGUUGUAGUUGUCAUUGUGCUUACGAAGCUGCUGGUAGCAAUGCUUCAUAAAAGCUUUCAGUUAAUAGCAAAUCAUGAAGACAAAGAAUGGAAAUUUGCUCGUGCAAAGCUGUGGCUUAGCUACUUUGAUGACAAAUGUACGUUACCCCCACCUUUCAACAUCAUUCCUUCACCAAAGACUAUUUGCUAUAUGAUUAGUAGCCUCAGUAAGUGGAUUUGCUCUCACACUUCAAAAGGCAAGGUCAAAAGGCAAAAUAGUUUAAAGGAAUGGAGAAAUUUGAAGCAGAAGAGAGAUGAAAACUACCAAAAAGUGAUGUGCUGCCUAGUGCAUCGUUACUUGACCUCCAUGAGACAGAAGAUGCAAAGCACGGAUCAGGCAACUGUGGAAAAUCUAAAUGAACUGCGCCAAGAUUUAUCAAAGUUCCGAAAUGAAAUAAGAGAUUUGCUUGGCUUUCGGACUUCCAAAUAUGCUAUGUUUUACCCAAGAAAUUAACCAUUUUCUAAAUCUUAGAGAAAAUAAUUUUCAAUAUCAAAUCUGAAAGACUUUAUUUACAUAACUUGCAGUUAAACCAAUAAUAUAUAUAAAUAAUUAUGUAAAAGCCAUUCUUUAAAAUAUUUAUAUCAUAAAAAUGUAAUAUAUGUAUAUAGAAUUAGUUUUUUAAAACUUGUCAAUGACUUUUUACAAAAUAGGUUAAGUAGAUAGGGUUUUUUUGUUGGCAUGAUGCUUUGUUUUCUUAAUUGAACAGUGCUUUAAAAUGUUUUUCUUUUAUGUUAAAGAGGAGCAGUUAUAAUUGUACACAUUAUUUAGCAAGUUUUUUAAAAUGAAAAACAGCAAAUGUGGGCUCAUCUUCUGACCAUAGAAUACAGUUGAAACAUAGAAGUCAUGGUUUUUAAAAUGUUUUAGGAGUUUAGGAGUUCAUAUAUUAGUAUUUAUUAUUCAGGAGUAUAGUUUUAUUUAAAAUCAUAGUCUAUUUUUUCUUUCUCGUUUUGUUAUAUCCUUCAGCAACAACGGGGAAGUCUAAUGAAUAUUUGAAUCUGUCUCUCAGUGUAAAUUCACUUUGUUUUUUGUUAUUGUAAUAUAUUUACUUUUACAUUGUUAUAAUCAUUUUAUACUUUAAAUUUUUUUCACUUAACAGUAUUUUAUAUACAUGUAUAUUUCCAUAUGUUGGUGUACUCCAUGUAUUUAAAUUUUAUAAAAUUACAUAGUUUUUGAAAAAUAUAGUCAGUAGAUUUUUAUUUUAUAGCUAUAGAAUAUUUGUUUCUGAGUCUGCAUAGUUACUUCUCUAGGCAUUUCGUUGCUUUUCAAAGUUUUACUUUUCUAAAUAGCACUAUUAAGUUUUCCAAGUUGGAAUGAAUAUAUGUAAUUAUGAAAUAGAAUAUGCUUCUGUAUGAUGUGUGAUCACAGUCUGUUUUGGUCUUGGAAAACACUGACAGACCCCUUAGGAAGGAUUUGUUUUUAUUUAUAUUUAUAUUGGAAUUAAGGUUCUUGAGCUUAUCUCCCGAAGUAUUUUCCACAGAAAUUAAUGUAACUUCUAUAAAAGUGAUUUCAUGCUUAUUUGAGGAUCAUCCUCACUACUUAAAAUGAAAAGCAUUUUUUUUUAAUUUGAGAAUAAAAUAUCCAUUUAAUUUUUUUUCUGUAUUCAUCUAAGGGAUAUAGCUAAAAUUUUCACUAUUAUAUAUUCUUGCAACAUUUCUAGUUAAGAAGGAAUUUGGUAUAAAAUUAUCUUCUUAACUGAAUGUCAGAUGGUCUUAAGGCCACAGGGUGCAGGUAGCCCUUGGUCUAUAAGUACCACCAGUCCAGGGAUCAUUGUCUAAAUAUGUUAAUAUUAUGUUUUGUCUUGCUUUUUAAUUUUAUUUUUUUAAUUUCCAGAUUUUUAGUGUUCCCUCUUUUGGGAAAAUUCUUAUAAAAAUGUUUAUUGUAAAGUUAUAUAUUUUGUCUACACUGGAAUUAUGCAUUUCCUGAUUGGGAUUUUACAUCAGGAUUUUUAGUCAUUCUAAAAAAAAACCUAACUAUUAAAAUAUUUAUAGAGUGCCUAUAAUAUGCAUGAGUUACCUUUCAGGUAUAUUUUGAAUGACAGUAUAUUGUAAGAAAAAAGAUGAAUAAAACUUGACAUUAGAUUAUAAA